CCUAUUUAAGUCUCUCUCCGCCCUUCACACUAAGGGGAUGUCCAAGUGGCACAGAAGAAGCAGCAAGAUGGAAAUCAGCAUCAAGGAGGCUCUGAUUGAGGACCCGCCGCACUACAAUGCUCUGGAUUCAGAGAUGGACAUCUGCCCCAGCUGCACUGACUGCUGCCCCAGCUGCCCCAGCUGCACUGACUGCUGCCCAGGCUGCCCCAGCUGCAAGUCCUGCUGCAGCUGCUGGAAACGUGUCUUUUGCUGCCUCCCUAAGCUACUCUGCCAUCUGCCCAAGUUGCCCUGCUGCCCCCUGCACAUCAAGAGAAUCCUAAUCAUUGUGGUUGUCAUUGUGCUGAUAGUUGUGGUUGUCCUGGGAGCCCUACUGCUGGGACUGCACGUGACCCAGGAACACACUGAGACUGUUUUGCAAAUGACCAUUGAGGGGCUGGAGGGGGAAGAGUCUCGACUGCGGCUGUCCAUGGACUGGGAAGAAGAGGUGGCAACUUUCCACAUUGAUGCAGGAACCCAUGACCCGGGCACAGUGGUGUACGACUACAGUAAUCUGCUGAUCAGCUACAAAUCCUGGCAAGGCCGAGCCUGCUACAUUACCAAGAUGGACAAGGAGAACAUUCAGGGCUUGGAUACCGUUGCAAAGGCAUUCCACCAACAUCUCCAGCUCAAGUCUCUCAUCCCAACUCCUGAGCAGGGUGAGGAGGCGGAGGAGAAAGGGUUUCCCAUGCCCGUGGCUGAUCGCUCCAUCCUGGGCACUACAAUUAACAUCCUCUGCAGCAACGUUCCUAUCUACUGGGAUUAGCAAGGCCUCAGGGAAGAUCCAUCAAGGACAGAGCAUCUCCUGCCUGCCAUUGCUUCCGAGGGGGUCCCAGCAGCAUGGGAACACCACGGUCUCAGCCAGAUCCCCAGUUGUGGCUUUGCUUACUGUGUACCUGUGGGUGAUUAUGGUGCAGCUGGCUCUGUGCAGAACUCUCUCACUGGCCCCAGUUCAGGAAAGCACAAUGCACAUGGUUAUGUUCCUCUACCUUCAAGGGGACUCAAGUGGGUGCUUAGAUGCUUUCCUGAAUAGGGCAGCUUUCCAGAAUUGGAGGAACCCAGAUGGAACAGCUGUGCCAAUGGGAAGAGGAGCCAGAGGGACCCUGCUGUAAAUAACAGCUGUACAUGGGCUGAUCUGUUUGCAUUGGAUGCAGCGGGCAUUUGCUAGGGACAUUAUAGAAUGAGAAGAUUGCUUGCCAUUGUGGGUGUUAGACUUCUUUUUAGAAAAUAAAAUCUACAAUCGCUCACCAACCCCACUUAUUUCUUCUUCUGGGUAAUGAGGUAUUGUGUCUUCACUUUACAUGACCUCACAGCCUAGUGGGCUAGCACAAUGUGGCCAGAGUAAUGACAGCAGGGACGACUCAUCAGACUAAGGGCGUGUCUACAUGGAGUGUUAGUCCAGAACAGCUGAUUAACUCCAGAUGUGAUGCUCUUAUUCCAGCAUAAAAGUGCCUUAAUCCAAAUUAGUUUAAUCCACUUUAUAUGCCUUUGGUCAAUUACAAUGCACCUGGCUCUAUAUAGGAGUCACUUUGUGAACUAAAUUACUUUGGACUUUGUUUAAAACUAUGGUGUCAUGUUGUUCUCCACUGCUAAUUAGUGGAGCUUGUUAGAAAAAAAGAAUUGUCAGAAUUUACUGUUUUGUUUAAACUGGAACAUUCUACAGGACUGUGUCAAUUCUGACAAAAUCCCAACAGAAACCAAGUACGUUUCCAGUGGACCUUUGCCUGGCAGGCAGGAUUCCAAGAGAAACCUGCCUGGCUCCUUGGCAGACCAUCUGACAGAAUGCAGUGAACCCAGGCUCCCAGCUUCUCAGCUGCCUGGAAGCUGUGGGAGCCCCAGUUCCCAGGCUCUUGACUCCUAGUCAGGCAGGGCUGUUAGGGUCCCUGGCUCCAAGACCGCUCACCAGGUUGUACUACUGAGGAUAUAGGACUUCAAAGGCCUCUAAGUUCCCCAGUUCUAGGACAGCUCACUAGACUGCGUUAGAACUCAGUGGAGAUCAGUAUUUCUGUUUCACAGAGAAUUUCAAAUAUGUUGGUUAUCAUUCCGAACUAGAAUGAAAUCUGAUUUUGAAAUAGCAAAAUCCUCUUCAAAAUACAAUUACCGUUCCCCAACCAGUUCUGUAUUAGCUGUCAUGUUUCACCCUAGAGGUAAAUGUACAGUAACUGCUAACAAAAAUACUAGUUAAUGCCAAAUUCAAUGAUUGCUUCUGUGAUCUGGACACCUGUCCAUGAGGAACUGGGCUAGGACCUUUUAAUUCAUUCACAAAGGUCACCUUUCAUUUUGAUUUUUAGCAUUUAAGGGAGAAAAGCAAAAUGUAUUUGCGCUCUGUUGCAAUACAAUUGUAAAUGGCUCUUAUUUACCUUGGACCAAAAAAUGUCCUUUAAGACGCCUUAACGUGGCUUAGAUUGUGCAAAACGCGGUAUGCACUGGGAUAAGUGUCUUUAUUUCCUCUCCUUGUCAGGCUGUUACCUUGAUCAACAUACCCAGGAAAGGUGCAAAAGUAAAUCAGGGCUGUGGAAGUGAUCUCUUGGGUUAGAUUGGAAGGGAACAGAAGGGAAUUCAGAGGAUUGCCAUUUGGACAGAAUAGGAAAUCAGGUCCUUCUAAUGUCAUGCAAUUUUAAUACUGAAGGCUAGCAUAAUAAGUCAUUCCAUAAAUCCAUUGUUAACUACCAGCAGGACAAACAAAUUACACUAUCAGCCCAUUAUCUAUAGUUCAAGCUGAAUUCUGCUUGGUAAUAUAACUACAGAGUAGGUGACCUAAACAACAGGCAUUCUGAGAUAAGUUGAAGGAAUUCAAAGCAGCACCUGUAGCUGUGUAUUCAGCUGCUGUUUUCUAACCCUAUUUUCCACUUGAAUGUGAUUUUUUUAAAACAAAUCUACAUAUGUCCUCUGUAAACACUAUUUCCCUGCGAUCUAUUGGGAUUAUUAUGAUAUUUUGUAUUAUCACUAAGGAUGCAUGCACGCGCACACACACACAGACACAGACACACAAACCCCUAUAUACUCUAUUUCUUAAGGGGAAAUAAAGAACAGAAUUUCCAAGUAACUCUAGUAUGGUUUAAAAUUAAAGGUAUUGGAUUAUGACAUUUUGCCUCUCGUAGAUAGAAUUGUAAAACUGUAAGCUCUUUAUUUCUGUGUUCAAUAAAACACAUCCAUACAGUUAAAUCAA